UUGUCUUUAUGGCUCAUUCCAAAUCCUGUCAAUCCAUCUUCUACAUUAUUGUAUACUAUGCGUCACGUUGGUCUACAGUGUUUCGAUUCAUAACAAAAACAAUCUUCUUGUUAUACUCGUAUGCUCGUUCAUAAAUUGAAGAAAUCAAAUUUGUUUAUAACAAAAGCAGUUGUGGUCGUUUUGCGCGCGGUUUGAAUACUUUGUCCACGGAAAUUUUCGUGAAAAUUGUGAUCCCGAAUUACCAGCCAGGUCCAGAUAGAUCGAUUACGUUUCGGCAUGGAGGGCCGCCGUUCGUGACACUCGGCAAACACCGGUGCUGCCGUACCCGCUGACCACCGCUGACCACCGCCGCCUGCGCCAUACCAAGAAUAACAUUAUGUCGCCGGAGACGUAUCUAAGGUCCGAUCACGUUGUUGGCGAUAAUUUACAGACAUCUUCCAUACCGUGUUGCGGUCGUGCGGCGACCGGUCAUGCACGUGCUUAUGCAAUCGGCGCGUACCACGUGAGUUUGAGGCGACAACGGCUGCUACCGAAAAACGCGCAUUGCUCAAGGGACAUGUUUGUCAGCAGAAGUUUUAAAUUUUGGCAUAACUGGAAGAGUUUAUCAUUGAAUCAAUUUCUAUUCCUAAUCAUCAUAUUGCAGAUGCACGAGGUUUUCGCAGAGACUAAUUUAUUGGGAACUACAACCACGAACGGAAUGACGACCACAGACGGAACUAUGUGCAAGGAGCGAUGGACGUGCUCGUCGUGUACGGAAGCGCUAUGCAGCUGGUUGGUUGCCGAACAAAUGUGCGUGAACAAUACGGCGGCGAAAGUGCAAAGGAUGGUGGUCACCAGCGGGUCGUCCUGUCCAAAGUUUUCGGUCAACAAUAGGGUCAACGCAUUAAAUGGCAACCAGACUAUAACGGCUACGGUUAUAGUUGAUGACCGGGACAUGGGUGGUGGUUUUGUCCAUUUGUUAGCCACCAGCAACGUCAUGUGUCGGUCGGACACAAAUACAUACAAGGCCAAGGUGGACGGCAACCGAAUCUCCUGUGCCUGGGAAUCGAAGCGAAUAUCGCAGUACAAUACCAGGUGCCAGCAGUUAUUACCGCACUACAGUCAUUUAUCGAUCGUGUUCGAUGGCAAGUUGUUGCGAUUCGACAACGUCAGCAACCACUAUUUGACCACGUACCCGGGAGGUGGCGAUUGCCCGAAAAUGGAGUGCCCGCAUUGUCACUGGAACAACGGCACGCUCAGGUUUUAUUGUAGUAUUUGUUCAGUGAAGAACGCCACGUCCACGGACAUAAUACCUUACUGUGACGUACGAGAUAUUUCGAAUCUCUUGUAUUUGAAUACCGCCAACAUCCGAAACGAUGGAAGGUGUUCCAGCAAUGGUCCAAGUGUAAUUAAUUAUUCUGUAACUCCGAAAAUUAAACUUCCAUCAGACCAGCCUCCUUGGUCCGGCAGCAGUCAACCGGGCAACAACAGUUCUCCGGUCCAUCCGACAUUGGACGACGGCCAAGUUUUUGGCGGUAUCGAAUCCGGUGGCACCACUUUAUGGGUGCAUGGUCAACAUUUUUCCGGCUUGCGGAAAGUGAGGUGUUGCGUCAGACAUAGAUACUGGUGCGGCAACUGUGAUGUCCGUAACGACACGCGUAUGGUUUGCCGGACUCCUAACAUCAACAUCAAUCCGGAAGAUGCAUUUGAAAAUGAAUAUUUGAGGUUUUACGCUGAAAAAUCUACCGGAAUAGAGUAUAAGCUCGAGUUGCCGGAUUUAGAUUACCAUCGAUAUCAUGAUCCGGUUUUCACGGACUUCGUGGUUGACGGUUGCUGCAACGUUACCAUAAAUGGUCUGUACCUUGACAAAGGUUUCACCGCUGAGGACUUGUCCAUUAUACUGGUAGGCGAAAGCUCGUCCUCUCGUUGCCAGAUCACUUCGUUGGACAGCACGCAGAUCAUUUGUGAGGUGCCGCAGUCAUCGUCAUCUCAGUUAGGCUCACUGCCGAAACAGCUCAAUGUCACGAUAAGCAACAAUCUGAACAUCGUAAAGCUGUCGAAACAAAAAUACAGUCAUUUCAAAAAUUCAUUCGCCCGGAUUUUAUGGCCGAGUGUCGUCACUAUAGGCGCGUACGUUUCUUUCAUUGCGGUACUAUGUGUGGCCCUCAUAUUUUUUAAGGCCACCAAGGACUAUGACCUAUUGCAUUUACAUGGUCACCAGCAGCUCGCAGAAAUGCGUCCGCUGGACGAACGAAAUCCCAACGACUACGACGACGAUGGCAAACCGGAAAAUAUGUUGUUGGUACGUGACGAAUGUCAUUAGUUUCGAAUAUAAUGUAUUAUACGACCAUUAAUUUAUUAACUACCUAUAAUAUUGUAUGAUAUUAUUAUAUUCCAUACGUAAGAAUUUUUAAACAUCUUGUUCUUUGAUAAAUCUAUGCAUAGAUAUACAUAAUUAUGUAAUAAACAUUUAUAUUGUGUAAUAAUAUAAUAUAACAUUAAAUGUAUAAUUCGUGGUUG